CUGAGCAUUGCAUCAUGUCUUCCAAAACAUUGACUGAACUAGCAGAGUCCCUGCUGGCCAAAGCAAAGGAACUCGAAUCGCACGAGUCAACCGGAAGAUUCCCAGCAAACGGAAGACAUGCUUUGACAAACCUCACUGCAGAGGGGGCGGAAUGUCGCUUUGAUCUUCUCGACAACCUUCAAGAGUUGCAACGAACUGUUCUCGGCCCCCAUGAAUAUUUUGUCGAGCUCGCAUUUUCUAGCAACACACUGCUAGGUCUGCAAUCCCUCUACCGUUAUAAUCUUCCAGUUCUUGUGCCCGAAGAAGGCACAAUUUCCUUCACGGAACUCGCAAAAGCCGCCGGUCAAGACGAAAACAUCAUUCGGCGCCUUUUGCGCUUCGUAAUGCUCCACGGCGUCUUCAGUGAGCCGAUAGAGGGCUACGUUAAGCACACCGAGAUGUCACUGUUCCUCCACAAAACCCCUGACGUUCUGGGCAUGCUAGGCUUCUUCGACAGCCAAGCAAUCCCGGCACUGCGGACGUUGGAUGCACUCGAGAAAUGGUCUGGCUCCCAUGAGCCCACUCACUCGGGCUAUAACUUGGCGUAUCAAACCUCUGAGUCAAAAUUCGUGCACAUGGCGAAAAAUCCAGAGAUCGUCAAGGCUGCCAGUGGUACUUUUCGCUCAACACGCCGCGCCCAAGGCCCGGGCUUCGAGACUCGGAGCUCACUCCUAUCCGAGAUCGACCAGCCCAACAGUGUGUUUGUAGACAUCGGGGGAAACAGGGGCUACAUUAGCCGAUCGCUAGCGGAGCUGACGACGCACCUCCGGUUCAUUGUACAGGAUCUACCUGGUACCUUGAAAGAUGCAGAGAAAGAUAUACCUGAGACACUUCGUGGCCGCAUCGAGUUCAUGGCGCACAGCUUCUUCGAAUUGCAGCCUGUCAAAAACGCCGAUGUUUAUUUCUUCCGUCUAAUCAUGCACGACUGGCCAGACAAAUCAUGCGUCCAGAUCUUGCGCAAUUUGGUCCCGGCAUUGAAGAAUGGCGCGAGAGUCGUUUUUGUGGAGCAUAUAUUGCCGGAGCGUGGAAGCAAUUCGUGUAGGCAAAAGAUAACGAGGAACACGGACCUGGUCAUGCUGGCGAAUUUCAACUCCCGUGAGCGCACAGAGAAAGAAUGGCAGGCUUUAUUUGCGGAAGCGGAUACAAGAUUUGGAAAUUUCAAAACAGAGUCCUGGCCUGGGACAUUCUCCCUCAUCCAGGUUACAUGGGAAGGUUGAACCGAUGAUGUUUAUCAUUGGUCAGAAUGUAGUCAGGAAACUGAUUAUCACUGUACCGUCUUGUCUUCUUGUAAGGGUGCAGUUUUCAAUAUUCAAAUAACUUCUCCCCUCUACACAUAAAUUGCAAGCAGCCACAGCGAUGCGAGGCCUUUGUCACAGGAAACCUAUUUGUAAUAUAUUAAGACAAUAUAUAGC